AGCAGAAAGAAGGAAUUCAUUAUCUAAAUAUUAAGCUCUAUAUCAAGAGCAGAACUCCGUCUUAAAAAGGGUCCGUCUUAAUUGCUGGUCUCCAGGAAGUAGUCAUUGCCUAUGUAUAUGUUACCCAAUGUAUACAGUACAGUAAACAAAGUGGAGGCUCUGAAUACCUUAGACAUUUUGGUAUCAGAAAAUACAAUAUGCCAAAGAUUUAAAAAAUAUAUAAUCCAGAAUCUUUAUUGAGAAAAGCAAGGGCUUCUGAAAAUAAAAUGUUUUCAUUAAAUUUUUCAUCCCUUGGUAUUACUCAAAAUAUCAUAAAACAUUGCUAGAAUACCAAACUUACAGUAGGCUAUAGCAGGGGUUACCAAACUUUUUCACUCGAGGCCCCGCCUCCAACAUUGGGGAACAUUCCACGCCUCAAGCACUACACUAGCUGUUCACAGCCCUCUUGUUGUUGGAGAGAAUUUUGCAAGUUUAAGGCUUAUUUCCUGCAAUUCUACAAAUUUUGUCAUGGUGUGCAAAGAACAUUUUGCAGUUUUCAAAUAAAUGUUCUGUAAUUCUAUACAUUCUGCCAUGUCUAAUGUGUAUUCAUCUGAUAUUUGAGUGACAAAAAAAUUACUACAAUGGGCAUUUUUUUUAUAUAUUGCUAAAAAACCUUAAUACAAAAACAUUAGCUGACAUGUGCUAGUUGAUCUGGACAUUUCUGACAAGUUAUAAAUAGCUCUCCAAGGUAUGCAAUGACUAACAUUAAAAGAGGAACUGGUGAUGCAUUACCCAAUUUUGCAAUUGUAUCGUGUACUAUUACAACUUUCAAGAGUAAGUUUAAAGCCGGACUGAGUUCAGCCUAGGGGCCGCGCCCCACAGUUUGGGAACCACUGGGCUAUAGGACAACAAUCAAAGGGUUCACUGACAUAUUUGAUGAGAUGUUAGAAUAUGUCAUCUAUGACAAUCAGUUAUUUUCUUCAAUAUUGGUGAAGAAAGUGUGCUGUAGGUGAUAAGUCAGGUGUAAAUGUAAGGAAGCAGUACAUCUGCAGCCAGAGCAUAUUUGUUCAUGACAUGAAUGUUUACUCCUUUCUUGCCACUCACUGGAUACAAUUUUAUUAAAACUGUUUGUUCUACAUUGUAAUAACAUUUAUUGCCGACGUGAAGGUAAUGCCAAAACAGUGAGUUACCCUUGGUUUGUAGUAUAAAUAAAGGAAAGGAUUAUGAGAACUUGGGGGAUUGUACCUAACAGCCAUGAGCAGAGUACUGUGUCUUAUGAGGGUUAGUUGAAACAUUCAGCCAUGAGAAUGAGUCUGCAAGAGGAACUUUAAUUUCAGUAAAGGGGGAUGAAGCAGUUCAGUCCCUUGUGUAAGGCAUAUCAACAUAUCAGCUGGUCUUGAACAGAUAACAGCAUCACCUCCACUAACAGAUCGAAAAUGUGCAUGCACACAAUGAUUCUACUGGGUUUUGUGUGGUUUAGUCUGCCACUUCUUGUGGCCCUUGUCUCACCAAACCCUGCUUCGAAUGAUGAGAGAGGCCCCUGUCAAAUCUACAACUCUGGUCGCUCCGCAAACUGCCUUGGUCAGCAACUGGAUCAUGUUCCAUGGAAGCACCUCCCUUCCACGCUUGAAAGUAUAGAUCUCUCCUACAAUGAAAUUCAUGCCAUUCGUGUUAAUUACUUUUCUCGCCUACCUCAUCUUCGUGUCCUCGAGCUGCAGUUCAACAACAUCUCUGUGAUUGAGGACCGUGCCUUCCACAACAACCCCCUCCUGGAGCAUCUUAACAUCUUUAACAACUCCCUAGAGGAAAUCCCUGCCAACGCCUUGCAGGACCUCUUCAAUCUAAGGGAACUCCUUAUGUCGAAUAACCUUUACACCCAGGCCACAUUGUCAGCUGACGUUUUCUCCAGAUUGACCCACCUUAAGGCCCUGUCCAUGGGCGGCCCCUUGGUCAAGGGUCUAAGGAAAGGGGACUUCCAGGCAUUGAGGAACAUUCAGUUGCAGGACUUUGCCAUUAAAACUUCAUCAAAUAUCAGUUACUAUGAGCCGGGUAGUCUGAAGGUAAUUCAGACAGGUAGAAUGGGUUUUGACAUGGCCAUAGAUCAGAAGCCGAAUUUCCUACCUUUGAUUCUACGAGACUUGGCCAACAAGACUUUCAGUCUCAUCCAAUUCAGGAACCUCUUUGAGUUCAUGUAUUACAUGGGAGAUGAGGAUAUUUUCAGAGGCUUGCAAGACAUCAAAGUAGAUUCGCUCAUCUUUCACCGUGGAAAAUUCAAUGAGAACCUUAUGAGGAUGGCCCUGUUUAAUCUACAGGUCACCCCCCUUAAACGUCUGACACUUCAAUACAUUGACUUUGCUCGCUCGCCCAACUUUCUGGAUAAUGGCUUGGGAUCCAGUAUCAAAGACCUUGCACUGAGUAGACUAAAUUUGUGGCACAUCAGUAAUCCAGACAUUUUGCGAUUUGACUGGCGCUUCACAUGGUUCAACAAAGUCCGACUGCUGUCCAUCCAGAAUGUCAACUUCAACUCUGUGCCUUGCGAUGCCUGGCUUAAUAUGGAAGACAUGGAGGUUUUGGACAUCUCAAACAACCGCCUGCAGGACAACAUCCUCUUCAACCAGAGAUGCGACUACAGGGGCACCAUGCCGGCUCUUCGUUCCUUCAAUGUCAGCACCAACCAACUGACCAGCCUUAAGGACUUAGCCUCCCUGACCAGGGAGUUCAAACAGUUGAAGGUCCUGGAUGUCAGCCACAACAUGCUGGGCUCUGCUGAGAAGAGUCGCAACUGUAACUGGAUGCAGAACAUCACCCUGUUGAUCGCUCACCACAACCGCUUCGAAAGUGGUGUCCUCCAGUGUCUGCCCACCACAGUACAAUUCCUGGACCUCUCGUACUGUGACCUGGACCAGCUGGACAUGGCCUACUUCCAACAAACCAUCAGCCUCAAGGAGCUCCUGCUCAAUGGGAACAAGAUCAAGUUCAUCCCCUCUGGGUGGAGAAGUCACUCCUUGCAGUCACUGGCUCUGGAUGGGAACUCCUUUGGGCUUAUCAGCAUGGGCUCCUUCCAGGACAUGCCCCAGCUGUCUCGACUGACGGCGGGGAACAACCCAUUCCACUGCACCUGCGACCUCCAUGCCUUCAUCCAGGACACAAUUUCCAAGGGGAAAGUCAACAUCACUGACUGGCCAGAGAAGUACAAGUGUUACCAUCCAGAGGCCCUGCUCAAUACCGCUGUGGCAAAUUUCUUCCCGGGUCACGUGGCCUGCGAUAUCAGACUGGUCAUCAUCAUCUGUGUGGCUACUACUGCAGCUGUGGUUUUAGUGUUGAUGCUUAUAUGCUACAUAUUCAAUGUUCCCUGGUACAUCAAAGCCACAUAUCAGAUCCUCAGAGCCAAAUACAGGGCUCAUCAGGAAGGAGCAUCUGGAAAAUCACAGAUCUAUGUUUACCAUGCCUUUAUCUCCUACAGCCACCCAGAUGCAGACUGGGUCAGGGACCAGUUGUUGCCUUGCUUGGAGAACAGCAAGCCCCCCUACCGACUCUGUAUCCACGAGAGAGACUUCAUGCCAGGAAAGUGGAUCAUCGACAACAUCAUUGAAAAUAUUGAGAGCAGCGAAAAGGUCAUAUUUGUGUUGUCACACCACUUUGUGAACAGCGAUUGGUGCAACUACGAGCUCUACUUUGCCCAGCAAAGAGCCAUCGGCAAGACCUUCAGCGAUGUUAUUCUGGUGGUGAAAGAGCCCAUCGACCCUGAAUCUCUGCCCAGCAAGUAUUGUAAGCUCAAGAAGAUGCUGUACACCAAAACGUACCUAGAGUGGCCCCAGCAAGCCAAGCAGCAGACCUUCUUCUGGGCUCAACUUAGGAGCUGCCUGGGCAAGCCCACAGUGACUAGAGAGCAGGCUCUUAGUGGUAGGAGCAGCAGUGUAUCCUCAGUGGGUGCUGUACCUGUGAUAGAGCUCCCUCUAGAGGAUGGGAAACCAGCGAUAGCUAUGCCAAAUUUAGACAGAGAAGCAGAGCUCCACAAAGUAGUUCCUCAGGAGAUCGAAAAUCUUUCAGUGAGAAGUGCAGAGUUUUAUGGGCAAAGACCAAUCCAUGUAGCCGUGGCAUCAGACAAAAUAAGCCAAGCAUGUAGCUUGUAAUGUGUAUAGUGUCCCAAGACCAAUCUCUCUCUGAAGUGCUGAGCUUGAGUGACUUCUUGGCCAUGCUGUGGCAGAUAAUGUGUUUGCUAAGCUGCUGGUAGCAUUAGCAAGUGUUUCAUAAUGAUGACAGUGAAUAACAUGAUCUGUCUGCCACCCACCCUUCUGACAUGUACAGUGCUUACUCCCCCUUGAACUCUUUACAUUUUGUUGUGUUACAAAGUGGGAUUGAAAUAGAUUACAUUUUUGUGUCAUUGAUCGACACAAAAUACUCCAUAAUGUCAAAGAGAAAAAAAUAAUAAUAACAGAAGUAUAAGUAUUAAUUUAUAAGCACAAGUAUUCAGAAGUAAAAAUUGUCUGAACAAAUCACAUAACUUAUACAUUUUAAACCUUUAUUUAACUAGGAAGGUCAGUUAAGAACAAAUUCUAUUUUCAAUGAUGGCCUAGGAACAGUGGGUUAACUGCCUUGUUCAGCGACAGAUUUUUUCCUUGUCAGCUCGGGGAUUCAAUCUUGCAACCUUUUGGUUACCAGUCCAACACUCUAACCACUAGGCUACCUGCCGCCCCAUGGACUCACUCUGUGUGAAAUAAUAGGGGUUGAUGGUAUUUCUGAAUGACUACCCUUUCCUCUGUCAUCUGUAAGGUCCCUCAGUCAAGUAUUGAAUUUCAAGCACAGAUUGAACUACAAGAAGGGCAGUGAUUGGUAGAUGGUAAAAAUAACAAAUCAGACAUUGAAUAUAUCUUUAAACAUGGUCAAGUUAAUAAGUAUGCUGUGGAGGAUGUGUCAAACAACCCAGACAUAACAAAGAAACAGUCGUCCUUCUGAACUGAGCUGCAGGAUAGGAAGGAAACUGUUUAGGGAUGUCAACAUGCGGCCAUUGCAUUUUAAAACAACUACAGAGUUCAAUUGCUGUGAUGGGAGAAAACUGAGGAUGGAUUAACAACAUUGUAGUGACUGCACAAUAAUGACCUAAAUGACAAAGAAAAAUAAUAAUACAAAUAUACAGAAUAAAAAAUAUCCCAAAAUAUGCAUAUUUAUGCAACAAGGCACUAAAGUAAUACUGAGGGGAAAAAAACACAGCAAAGGAACACACUUUUUGGACUAAAUGCAAAGCCUUACACAUAAUGUAUGUCAUUUAGCAGACACUUUUAUCCAAAGCGAAUUACAUUUUGUGUGCACAUACACAUGCCAUGUAGAAUCGUCUCUGCCAUGUCAAAAGGCACGCAAGCCACAAAUCUCAUACGAAAACGGAACCAGUGGGGACUGCAUGUUAAAUGACAGUUGUUUAGAAUGAAAAAAUGUAGCUUAUGCAAUGUAUUCAUGUCCAGUAAUAUUGAGAAAAAUGUGAUGGUCCAAAUAUUGAAAUAUUUUUAUUUUUUCUAUACUCUAUACAUGCUUUAAUGUACAUGUGAAUGUUAUUGUUAAUGUGAAUGGUAUUUACUAAUUAAGUAAAUAACAAAUGAGUUAAUUGCUUAUCAUAACAUUGCUUGCCUAAUGCAAAUUAAUUUAUGCCAAUAACUCUAAUAAAACAGUGUUGUUUUGACUGUUGAGUGGGUAUUUAGAAAUAGGGAUGUGUUAAAAUGCGGUGUAAUUCUGUUUUACAAUAUCAGUGUGAAGGGCUGCUUUGUGAAACCUGGCAAUAUAUACAACUGACCAAUAGAUGACACCCUUUUACAUUUUCAGGAAGUCACUUUAAGUUUGUGUGUGUGUGUGUGUGUGUGUGUGUGUCUUGAGGAAGAGAUCAGACUUAUAUCACAGAAACAGGCAGAUGUCAGACAUGAUAUAACAAACAGCAUCUGCCUGUAGUUAUAUGCCCAGCAAGACAACAAACAUACUUUUAUUGUAUCAAGUGUUUGUUCUAUGCAACAGAAUAGAGUAUUCUUAACUAUUGUGUGUGUGUUCUACUGAGGAUGGGCCUCUGGGAGAUAACACUGACAGGAGAUUUACAAUGUAUUUUGGGUGAUAAAACCUAAAGAGCAUUCCAGAGCAUGAGUUAAUGCUUCUGUUCUAUAUGGUACCAGGGAGAGAUGGUUCCAGUUUGGAGUCGGAGGGACAGACACUGGUCUCUAUACAAUGAAAACUGUUGACACAGCAGAUACUGUCUGCUAUGUAUUAUAGGUAUCUUUCAUACAGAUCUUAACCUUGUGACCCAUUCUAUAUAUCUGUUGUUCGUCAUGUAGGUUGAAAGAGGUGUGUCUUGGCUAUAAAAUACCUUUGUACUUUUGUCUCGGGGCUCUCAACGAAUCAUUUGAUCGUGAAUAGUCGACCAGCCAUCAUUAUCGUAGAGCACUCAAUUGAUUCACUUUAUAUGUGUGCGUUGUAUUGACCUGCUCCCUUAUUAAUAAGUGAUUAAAUAUUUAGUUUAAGUAUAA